AGUAGGUCAAUGAUCUUCGCUUCUAUGGUCUUUCUCAGACGGGUAGUUGUCUUACCGCGAGGAAGGUGUCUAUCAGUUGUUCCUUGCAUGUUUGAGUACAACGUCAAAGAGAGAGGGAGCCGUAGUUCUAGUACCAGAAUAUAGGUCAGAAGGUCCUCGGCCGCUGAAGCCGAAACAAGCGGGACCACGAGGACAACACGACAAAUAUUCAAAUCAUCCCAGCGCUAAACACAGCCCGGCUAAUAUGUCGGGAACAACUUUCGGCGGUGGAAACGCGUCGCCUUUUGGCGGCGACGUUUUCGAGGUGCAGUGGAAGAUGCGAAACCUGUUCCAGCAGUUGGAUGUGCAGCAGCAACAGCAGGCGUCCAGUGGGAAAAAGGGCACCAAAACCGUGCACCAGAUGCGGCUGUGCUACCAGAUGUCGCAACUGCAGGAACACUUGACAAAAACGCGCACCAAGGGCGGCACGACGCCAACGUCCGCGAGCGGGGGCACUCCCGCUGGGCGGAAAAACGCCUCCAAAUCAGCACCAAGAUCUAGAGCUGCGAGUAUAGGAUUUUGAUGUUGACCGACUUGUUUUUUUUGAUGCAAUAGCUGCAUAUGUCAGACAGUAACUCGUGCGCCAUAAGACGCGAGCAAAGGGUGUUUUUUGUGAACAUCAUUCUUGAUUCACAAAUUUUCGCUACUGUUCGUUUCUUGUUGUGCUGGAUCAAUGGUAAUGACCAAGGGCCAAACAAGAGGUGAUCAUAUUGACAUCAUACGACAAAUUGUCAUCACGUCAGGUCGUGACUUCGAGAAAGGCCACACGGCUGGAGGAGGUCCUCGUAACGCUUUGCAGGCACACAUGAAGCAGGAGAAGCAGGCGAAGAAGGCGCAGAACAAGCUUUUCAAACGGUUUGAGGCGUUAAUCGAAGGCCGGAUCCACGCUGCUAGUGAGGAACAGAAAAUGAACCAAAUGCGGCAGUCGCUCGAGAAAGAACUGAGCGACUGUGUGAAGAAGAAAAAGUAUAGAAGGCAUUUUUUGAUGGUUUUGUUUUUAUUGAUGCUGGUGUACAUUAGAAGAAGUAGAACGAAUUAAUGCGAAGGGAUAGACUAUUGUUCUCUUCACAGCAGCUGCUUGCUGAUCCCGCAUCUUGAAUUUUACGAAUACACGUAGGACGCUGAUGCGCAACCAACGACCUUCGUCUGCUGCGCCGACUGGCAGUAACCCCUCGGUAAUGAUGUCCGGCGAGCGCAGUGCAGAGAUGAAGCACCACUAUCACCAUCGAAGCGACUAUGCUCCUGGCAUGGCCGGAUCCACUGCCCAGCUGCACGACCAAAGAGACGAAGUGAGAGGUACUAAUGGCAAAAAUGCAACCUACCCAAACAAGAUGAGCGCAACCAAUGCCCGUCCCCUGUCCGCGGGGCCGUGUUUGCAGCAAGCGCACCACACGAGUCUGGCGGACUGGAAGGCGAACCGGAUGCUGCACCAAGACCACCAGCAUCAGACCGGGGCGGGGGCUUUGGACAGCAAGGAGGCCAAUCCGAUCUUCAAACAAUGGCAGCAGAUACAGAAAAUGAUAUGACAGUGCACAACUCCCCCUCCCCCUCAUUUGUAUGACAUGAACGGCAAUACAAGCAUCAGCAAGAGUGCCGGUUUUGCAUGACAAGUUUACAGCACUGGAGUGUAGUUCUGUUUGAGCUUCCAAGAUUUGUCAUGCAAACUGUGCUACAAGGCAGCAGCUGGAUUUGGGGUUUUGCAUUACAAGUGAGGGGGAGGGGGAGUUGUGCACUUUCAUAAAUGAAGUCACAAGUGCGGAAACAAAUCCAGUCUUCGUCCAGACCGGUAUUUAUACAAAUCAGAUUUAUUGUGAUGAGACCUUGCGCUUUCAGGGGGCUUGUCAGGGGAAGUAGUAAACGAUGUUGCUAUAAUUUUCAUCUUGUAUGAUGCGUUGCAAGGCAACAAGUAGUUUCCCUUUCCAAACUCGGUCGAAGGUGUCUGCCAGUGGCGUGAUGAUGUCUAGCACAGCUGCGUCAAAGAACAGCGGCGCAAGUCCAAGUCCACCGAUGGCCGGUUCAUCUGCAACACAGCACCAGGACCACGGUGCGUCGACGGCUGCAGCUGCUGGCACUAGUAGUGCAACAGCGGGCAAUAAGACGGAUGAUGAGCUGAUCCUCCUUUCCCCGCCCCAGAACGUCCGGCCCUACUCGGCGCACCCGAAGUCCCUGCAACCCAAACCGAGCGCGGAGCUCGCGGACACCGGGGGUCCAGACGACGAGAAUAACACGGUGAGGCGCGCUUCUGCGGGCCUCGACGACAACGCGAGCGUGUUUCUGGACAAGGCAAAGAAGCGGCCCUGGACCAGCACCGGACUCCUGCACGAAAAUAACUCUUCCAAGAUCCAGCAGCCCGCGCAAGUGAUUGCCAAUAUCGUGAACAACAAACCGAAGAAGAAGCGACCGGGCGCCGCGAAGAAGCGAAACACCUCAACGGGGGAGCGAGCGAUGAUUCACAGCCAGAUCGCCAUGCUGCAGACCCAGCUGGCCGCGGCGAGCGGGUAUAACACAGGAGGUGGUGGUGGAAAUAAUAGUGCAACAGUGUCUGGUGGAGCAACAGCGACGAAUAAAAUGAGUCGCGGUAACAGCUCGAGUGGCAAUAAAACGCGGUCUCAGCUACGGAAGAAGUACGGCCCAGAUUGCCCGAUCGGCUUCGACAACGCAAAUGACGGCUACGCGUCGGAUGAGGCUUUCAUCAUCGACGACGCCGACGACGGCUACGCGAGUGACACGUCGGAGAAAAUCCGCGAGGCACACACGGGGCAGUUCUACUCCUCGGGCAAUUCGAGUUCUAUGGGAAUCUAUCCUGUGCAAAGGUAUCGCACUCGUAGUAAUAAAUUGCGACCAUGCAUGACAAACAUCCCUUUUUAGCUAAGGCAGCAGUACAAACUCCACUUGUCUUCUUGAAAAGAAAAUUUGUGAUGCAAUUCAUACUAGUACGAUACUUUUGCAAUGCAUAGAAUUAUCCAUCGCAAGCGGGGCUUCAGUGCCGCGAGGAAACGAGGGUUGUCUAUGACAGUGCACAACUCCCCCUCCCCCUCAUUUGACAUGCAAAGUACCAAUUCCGCCCUUUUCUCUUUGGCACAUCUUGCAUGACAGAUAUCGGAAGCCGAACCAGCACCAGACUCGGUCGCGAGUUUGUCAUGCAAAAGCUGCAUUUAUGCCAGCACUUGUGUUGCUGUAUAUGCCAUUCAAAUGAGGGGGAGGGGGAGUUGUGUACUUUCAUACUGUCGGCGAAAAAUCGAGAAGGCGGUAGUGGUUCUGGUAAUGUUCAACAUGUCGCCGGGUCAACGACUGUUGGAGCUGCAGCUGCUUCAUCCCAAGGUAGUGGAGCUGCACCUGAAGGAGCAGCAGCCCGGAUGAGCACGACAGCCGCCGGUGCGGCUGCAGCUGCUAACAACUCUUCUUCAUCUUCACACAAAGCAAGCGAAAAGGAAAAGAACACAAUGUCCAGCAAAGUCGCUGCUGCAAACGCCCGCAUCCGAUCCGGUGUUGAUGAAGAGCACGAGGUACUUUUUUUUCAUGUUUUUUCAUCAACAGAUCAACAUUGAUGAAAACAACGACGUCUUCCCCGUGUGACACUGAAAAUGCAUUUUUUGUGAAAAAAGAGAUGAAAAUACUGCAACUCUCUGAUGUAUCGCUUUCAUCACAUCAAUUUCCAGGCCACCGUGGCGUUGCUUCAGGCCGUGGCAAGUCCGAACCGGCGGCGGCGGAUCAAUCCGCUCGUGAACCGCCAAGUACCCAUGCUCGAUCUCACCCGAACGAAGAGCUUCAAGGAAGAUGUCUCCUACCCCGUUCUAACCACAGCGGAAAGCUCGAACGCGGGAGGGAAUGACGAGGAGGAACAGACCGACCUUCGUGACGAGGCUGCAAAAGGUUUUCGAAAUAGUCGUGUUGUUGAAAACGACCUGAAAGUGCAAGAUUUAAGCACUCGCCGCGAGCAGCAGCAGGUCGUGUUGAGCCAAAACCUCAAGGCUUCACAAGGAGGAGGAGCGCCCUCUGCUGCGUCCUCGUCCAGCGGUAGCAGCAACUAUAGCAGCACAACGGCCGCUUCUACCUCCGCUGCAGCCUCGUUAACCUCCAGUGGCACGACCGGUGCAGGAGCGAGCAGCAAAGCCAAAGCGGGCGUGUCAGCGACAGCGUCUGCGUCCUCUGCAAGUUCUGGUACUAAUUCAUCUUCCAGCGCAACAAGCAGUGCCUCCAGUACUUCUAGCGUCAUCAAGCGUAGUACCAAGCACCCGCUCCAAGCAAAAUCUGGAGAUGGAACAACCACGACUUCUAUGGCCACGACCUUCAAGAGGUCCUUCACUACCGGAGUGGAUGUUCUCCCGCACCCGCCGACGGGGGAUGCAGUGCAGUACCACAUCGAGACGACAGAGGACGGGAAUGUUCACACGUUGAUGCGCACGACGAGCACCGAGAGCGGCAAGGUGGUGUCCGGCUCGAUGGUGCAGCAGCAGCCUUUGGGUGGAGGUGCAGGAGGAGCUGUGGGAGCAGGAUCAACAACGGGCAGCAGUGGCGGUGUUCAUCUCGGAGCUAGUACUGUAGCUGGUAGCACAGCAACAGGAACAGCAUCCGCUCAUCACUCGGCAACGUCAAACACUGCUGCCGCGACACCAGUUGCUGGAAGCGCUGCGCCAGCCAUGAUAUCUGCGAACAGCAGUAGUGCUGCUUCGUCUUCUUCAUCGUCGUCCAGCAGUAGUGCUACUAUCAGAAGAAGUGCGCCGAAUAACGUCGCAAAUGUCGGACAGCACCCGAUGUUGAGUCGGUCCCUCACUACCUCCGCCACAACGACGACCAGCAUCGUGGAGCCAAAGCCCGCGGAUUUGGGCCCAGGUACUAUCCCCUUUCGGGGGGCUUCCAAUGCAGCAGGAGAAGGACCUGUUGCCCGUCCGCGAAGCACUUCCGAAGCGCAUCUGGGAGGUGGUAUCGGUGGCAGCCUUUCGGGAGCUUUAGCUCUAGGACAACAAGAACAACAGCCUCCGCCGCCGACGUUGACCACGUAUCCCCGGCCGCCGAUCAUUGCGAAAAACCUUCUGACUUCUCUCGACGCGCAGUUCGAGGAGCAGCGGCGGAGACUGGUGCAACAGGAGCAAGCUGCCGCGGGAGCUCAAGCUGCUGCUGCUGCUACCAAACACCAAAACCUGGAGAGCGAGGACGGCAGCAAUACGGCUCCUGCCGGCGGGUCGCGGGCAAAAGAGGCGGUGUUUGACCGGAUCGGAGAGGUCUUUGUCCGGGCGGACAGUGAUGUAGUAGCAGCAAGAACCAGGACUGACAGUAGUAGCAGCAACCAGCAGCAGCGUUUGCAGGCUCUGAAUGCACAAAACCUGGCUGAGCAGAUUGACGCGCGAGUACAGAAUUUUCAACAACGCCGAGCGUUUGGAGCGGGAACAAGUUCACCUGCCGGAGGACCACCAGGCACGACAGCGACUAGAAGUGCGAACAACGCUCCUCCUGUAGGAAGUGUAAGCAACAAGCCCAUCCUGGAGAUCCCGAUGCCUGACGACUUGGAGGACAACUCUUCUGGAACAAGAGCGGCGUCGAGAACAAAUGUAGGAGCUGCAGUAUCCGCAUCUUCGACGAGGAAUAGAGCCAGCGCGAGUGCUGGCACCCCCUCUACUGCAGCUUUCGACCAGGAGCCGACGUACCGACAGCACACGUCGACGCAUUUGUCCCGAGUUGUGGGGAAGGUCCAUGUGCAGCCUUCGGCGACCAGUUUUCACUGCCAACACUAUGGGAGUAUUGGGCCGUCGAGUUGUAGUAGUAGUAGUGAGGAUCUUCAUCAGCGACGUGAUUUUAUUCCCGAGGGUAAACAUCCCUGUAACGAGGAAGUGGCCGCGCGAAACGCCCUAGCGGAAACGAGUUGCGACAAGAACAAGCUCAUGCAGCGAGAGGACAACAUAAGCCAGGUCGUGGCGCAAAAAUUCACAGGAGCACUCCCCCCGAGAUAUAACAGCAAUAUCGGCGAGGCGAACUUUCUGGUCUUCCCGCCACCUGAACCAAAAGUGGACAGGUUUUUACCACCGAAAAUAAACACAACUUCCUCUUCUUCAAAGUCGGGUGAUACUAGCAGCGACGCGAAGAGAACUUUGGGAUCAUCAGGGGCGAGAACAGUUGUCAACAACGACGAGAUGAUAUCAAAUGUAAAAAUGUCUGGGUCUGGAAACUUGUGAUGCUGGUUGAGAAAGACGAGGACGCCUCAAUUGACUUGCAAGCAUGACAAGUUUUGGAGGUGCUACAGUCUUGGCUUCUCUACGUGACAAAGUGAGCUUCUGCAUGACAGAAAAGUGGAACUUUUAGGUAAUGCGCAUGACAGACUUGAGAGUCAUGUCAGACAAGCAUGACAAACUUCCGCUCUUCCAGACCCAGACAUUCUUACAAUCCAUAGAUGAUGUUAAACGCCGAGAGAAUCGUUGUGAGCAGGGAGGUUCCCGCGUUUACGAAGAAGCAGACAGCACCUCUGUUGCGACCAAAUAACGACCGCACCAGGAACUACAGCACCAACAACUUAAAUCAGCUGUCGCUUUCAACUUCGUCUCUGCAACAGCAACAAGAGCAGUUAUUGGAACUGCCACUAAAAGUGGUGAAUAGUGACAUGCCAGGGACGAUGAAAGAGGAUCAUGAGUCGCUGCUUUCUGACGUCGAAGCUGCUCCUGGAACGAGAAGCAGUUCUAGUAGUACCACUUUCGACAAAAGUGGAAGUAGAAGCAGGAGUGGGACGUCUAUCAACAAAAUGAGCAACAUCAAAUCGAGCAGCAAGAACGUCGGCCUCGGCGGAGGUGAUCCUAGAGCUGUAACGACUUCGUACGAUAAUUUUGUCUACCCGUUUCUGUCGCCGUCGCUCUGGUCGGAAGAGGACAAGGAAAACGUGGAGGUAAUGGAUCGAUUCUUGAAAACGCAAGAACCGCCAAACUGGACCACAGCAGGUCGUCGGCCACCUGCGAGGAAGGAGAGCGGACUUGUUUUUCAUGACCAACAGCAGAUGAAGAUGAGUUCUUCGUUUCUAUCUUCGGACAGUAGCGGUGGAAACAGAGCUCCUUCGUUGUUCCCAGCAGCUGCAACUACUGCUUCGAAUAAAUCAAUCCUGCUGCCAGAGGUCGGUGCAGCAGCGCAGAAAAGUGGUGCAUCGAGUAGUUCAUCUUUUCAACAUCGCACUCAAACUGCAGCUCAUAGUCAUAGUACUACCUCCACCUCGUCCUCCUCCGGAAAUAAAGUCGGCAGUAGUUCCUCGUCACUUGCCUCUUCGUCAGCGAGCCUUUUCCAGAAGCCGACAAAUCCGAGGCGAAGCCUGGAGCGCGAAAGUUUGAACUUAGAGAUUGAGGACGAGUUUCUGGCGUCACUCGGGAUGCUGUGA